GGUGAUAGGGCAGGUAGAGGCUCGUAGUACAAGGCAGAGGCUGAAAGGGACAGAACCGCAGGCGGAAAGGUCGGAACCGGGAAGACUCGAAAACAAGAACUUGUUUCACACGGAAACCACGCUAGGACAAUUUGACAAGACAGAAAACGCAGUAAUAAUACACAGGGGAUAAUUGGGAAAAUAGGAGACACCUGGCGGGGGGGUGAAGACUAGCACAAGACAUGUGAAACAAAACAAAUCGUAUUAGUCACAUGCGCCGAAUACAACAGGUAAAUGAAUGGUCACUCAAAAUCAGGAAAGAGAUGAGAGUGAUUGACAGACAAAUUCGAGACAUUCAGAGGGAGGAGGAGAAGGUAAAGAGAUCCAUCAAAGAUGCUGCUAAAAAGGGACACAGGGACGUAUGUGUGGUUCUUGCAAAAGAGAUGGUCCAGUCGAAGCGUGCAGUCAGCAAACUUUAUGCCUCCAAAGCCCAAAUGAACUCUGUACUCCUCAGCAUGAAGAACCAGCUUUCUGUAUUGCGUGUAGCUGGCGCCCUUCAGAAGAGCACAGAGGUCAUGAAAGCCAUGCAGAGCUUAGUGAAGAUCCCAGAGAUCCAGGGCACCAUGAGGGAGUUGUCCAAGGAGAUGAUGAAGGCUGGUAUCAUAGAGGAGAUGCUGGAGGAUACCUUUGAAAGCAUGGAGGAUGAUGAGAUGGAGGAGGCAGCAGAGGCAGAAGUUGAUAGGAUCCUCUUUGAGAUCACAGCAGGCGCCCUUGGCAAAGCGCCUAGCAAAGUCACAGACGCCCUACCUGAAAUGGAGCCUCCUGCCGCAGCCUCAGAGGAUGAGUCGGAGGAGGACAUUGAGGAGAUGCAGUCCAGACUGGCAGCCUUAAGGAGCUAAGAUUGAGCUUUGACUGCUUUUAGUCCCAUUAAAGUCUUUUUGCCUGCUCGAGUAUGAACAAAAACAAUUUUGGUCUAGGGUUAAUCUUGUCUCUUCUCAAACAUAUUGUCUCUUUCUUUCACAUUAUUGUUUAUGAUUCGCUUUGGGCUGAGAACUUUUGAAUGCUUAGGGCUAAAUAACAUAUCAGAUCUGUUCUUAUGAAAGUUGGCUUUUAUGACCUUACAUAUAAUCUGGGUAAAGCCAGAAAUCACCCAAAGUGUGGUGACUGUAUACCUACCCAAUGUUGCGAAAAUCUAUAUUUAUCCCAAGAUCGCUGAAAGAAUGCUCAUGCCUAUCUAAAGUGAUGAGUGUGGUCUGAUUAUUUUGGGGAAGCUGAGGCUUCAUCCUGCAAUAGGGUGGAUUAACCACCCACUGGGCGAAAACCGGUUGACUCAACGUUGUUUCUACAUCUAAUCAAUGAAAUUACGAUGACCCAACAUAGAAUAGACGUCGAGCUGACGUCUGUGCCCAGUGGGCGGAGACUUACUCUGAGCCGGUCACUGACAUAUCUAAUCCGUAAUGGAAAUGUCUUGCUCUACAUUGCGACAUUCAAUGAGUGACUCAUCAAAUUUUAGUGUUCAUGAAACUUUAAUCCACCACUACUCUGAUCUAGUUCUGAAAUCUAAAAUGUAAAACAAUAUACACUGAGUAUACCAAACAUUAGCAACACCUUCCUAAUAAGGAGUUACACCCCCCUUUUGCCCUCAGAACAGCCUCAAUUUGUCGGGGCAUGGACUCCACAAGGUAUUGAAAACAUUCCAUGCUUCCCACAGUAGUGUCAAGUUAGCUGGAUGUCCUUUGGUUGCGGGACUAUUCUUGAUUCACACGGGAAACGGUUGAGCAUGAAAAACCUAGCAGCAUUGCAGUUCUUGACAAACUGGUGUGCCUGGCACCUACUACCAUACCCUGUUCAAAGGCACUUCAAUAUUUUGUCUUUCCCAUUCACCCUCUUAAUGGCGUACAUACACAAUCCAUGUCUCAAUUGUCUUAAGGCUUAAAAAUCCUUAUUUAUCUUGUCUCCUCCCUUAAUCGGAACUGAUUGAAGUAGAUUUAACAAGUGACAUCAAUAAGGGAUCAUAGCGUUCACCUAGAUUCACCUUGUCAGUUUGUCAUGGAAAAGCAGGUGUUCUUAAUGUUUUGUACAAUCAAUGUAUUUCAUUUACUUUCAGCAUUUGAAACACAGGAUCUAAAAAGCAAAGUUAUCUGUACAGUGCAUAUAUCUAUUUUCUUUAUAUAAUGUUGUUUGGAGGGGUAAAAAAGGAAUGCAAAUUCUAACCGAUUUUGGAUGUCGAAAUCGUGCGUUAACUAUUGUUGGCCUCAAAGUCCUUAAAUUUGUUCUGCUUAUUCAGUAACAAAUAUGAUUGGUUAGUCUAAUUUCAGAUCCUGUGUGUUAUGGGUUGUUUUUUUUCUGUGCAUACUUUUGUUUUUUUAUGUGGCCAGGAAAUUAUGGAAAUAAACAUGAAUGAUUUUA